AACAAGUUCUUCUGCUAUAAAUAUCUGAUCAUCUGUAAUAUUUUUUUUUAUUUCAGUAAAACUUUUCAAUCUUUCUUGCACAAAUAAAUUGUGGUAAGAUUUUCAGCUCCAAUUGUCAUUAAUUUCGGAAAAAAUGGCUGAUUCGAAAUUUGUCAAGUUUAACAAUGGACAAAAAUAUCCAAAUCUUGGACUUGGUACCUGGCAAUCACCACCCGAUGGUUCAGUUUAUCGUGCUGUAAAAGGUGCAUUAGAGAAUGGCUAUCGUCAUUUGGAUUGUGCAUAUAUUUAUCAGAAUCAAGAAGAGAUUGGUCAAGCUAUCGCCGAAUGUAUCGAAGCCGGUGUUUUGAAACGAGAAGAAUUGUAUGUUACUUCGAAAAUUUGGCUUACUUUUUACCGUAAAGAUCGUGUACCGAUUUGUUUGGAUAAAAUUCUAAAACAAUUAAAGCUCAAAUAUAUGGAUUUGAUUUUAUUGCACUGGCCAAUGAGUUUCGAACAAACAGAUGAUUCAUUAUUUCCCAAAGAUUCAAAUGACAAAUUGAUUGAUGGAAAAAUUGAUUUUAUUGAAGCUUAUCAAGCAUUAGAAUCAUUAGUCGAUCAAGGUUUAAUUAAAUCGAUUGGAAUUUCAAAUUUUAAGGAAGAACAAGUUGAACGGUUGUUGAAAGUUGCUCGAAUUAAGCCGGUCGUUAAUCAAGUAGAAUGUCAUCCAUAUUUGAAUCAGGAAAAAUUGCGAAAAUAUUGUGCUGAUCAUGGCAUUAUUUUGACUGCCUAUUCACCAUUGGGUAAUCCUGGCUCGACUUUCUUUCCGGAUGAAAAGAAAAAAGAUUUGCUUAACGAUCCUGUUGUUGUUCGUAUAGCUCAAAAAUAUAACAAAAAUUCCGGCCAGAUUUUGAUUCGUUUUGCUAUCGAUCGAGGCAUGAUCGUUAUACCUAAAAGUGUUCGUCUUGAGCGUAUCAUUUCAAAUUUGCAGGUAUAUGAUUUUAAAUUAACCGAUGAAGAUCUUAAAGAUUUGAUGUCUUUGGAUCAAAAUUAUCGUACUUGUCCAUUUUCUUUGGGUCCGCAUUUGACCAAUUAUCCUUUCUAAGAGUACUUUAUCUUUGAAUAUCUUUAUCCUUGAAUUUUUGUGAAUGAAAAUAAAAAUUUGAUUCAACCAUUGA